AUGGACAAUCCAAUGACUUCGCCGGUUGAAGCCAGUGGUCAAGAUGAUUAUGUUAAUUAUAAGCCUCGGAUCGGCAUGACGUUCAUAUCGGAGAUUGAUGCAUAUGAUUUUUACAAUCGGUAUGGAGGAAUAGUUGGUUUUAGUAUUAGAAGAGAUUAUGGACAUAGGUUAAAGGAAGAUAGGACAAUCAUAAAACAAAGGAGAUUUGUAUGUUGUAAACAAGGACAUCGAAAAAAGGACAAGAGAUAUGUUAACACGACCAUGCCUCGUGCGGAAACCAGAACCGAUUGUCCUGCAAGAAUGGGAAUUUCUAGAUUGGCUAAUGGACAGUACGAAUGCCGUGAUUUUUUUGAUGAUCAUAAUCAUUUACUUCAUACACCAGCUACUAGUCCUUUGAUGCGGUCUCAGCGUACUAUAGGUUUGGCUAAUGAUACCGGUAGCAGGCCCAAUACCACUUUUGGUUUAAUGGGUAUGCAAGCAGGGGGAAGUGAAAACCUCGGUUACACCAAGGGAGAUCUUAGGAAUUAUCUUCGAACUAAACGUCAGCGUGGUUUAGCCUAUGGUGAAGCUGGUAGUUUGUUAGCAUAUUUUGAAAACCAAGCAAGGCUGAACCCAUCUUUUACAUACUCUUUGCAGUUGGAUAAUGAAGAACAGAUAACAAAUAUAUUUUGGGCAGAUCCUAGGAUGAUCAUUGAUUAUUCAAUUUUUGGUGAUGUUGUUAUCUUUGACACUACAUUUUGCACAAACAAAGAGUACAGGCCGUUUGGUGUUUUUUCGGGAUUCAACCAUCAUAGAGGUGUAAUCAUAUUUGGAGCAGCCCUUCUAUAUGAUGAGACGACUGAAUCUUUCAAAUGGUUGUUUGAGACAUUCUUGGAGGUUCAUGGGCAAAAGAAUCCCAUUACCAUUUUUACUGAUCAAGAUGUUGCAAUGGCAAAGGCAAUAGUUGAGGUAUUACCUAAGACAUGGCAUGGAUUGUGUAUCUGGCAUAUAAUGCAAAAUGGGAUAAAACAUCAUGGUAAUCUGAUGAAGAAUGGGUCACCUUUUCUUAAGGAUUUGAAUAAAUGCAUAUUUCAUUAUCAAGAUGUAGAGGAAUUUGAGAAUGCUUGGAAAAAAUUGCAUGAUGAAUACCAACUUGAGAAUACAUCAUGGUUAGACCAGAUUUAUGAAAUUAAAGAGAAAUGGGCACGAUGUUAUAUGAAAUACACUUUCACAUUAGGUGUGAGGAGCACACAACUAAGUGAAAGUAUUAACAGUGAUUUGAAAAAGUAUUUAAGAUCCAGUUUAGAUCUUGUGCAAUUUUUUAAGUAUUUUGAACGGGUUGUGGAAGAUAAACGUACCAAUGAAUUGAAGGCUGAGUUUGAAGCAAGAAAUACGUUUCUUGAGAGCAUGAGUUCCAAAAACUUUGUAUUGAGACAAGCAGGAAAAGUUUACACCCCUUAUAUAUUUAAACAAUUUCUAGAGGAGUAUGAAUGGAUGGCUGCUUGUGUCAUAAAAUCUCGUAAGGGGGAUGAUAUCUUCUGUGAGUAUGUGGUUGGAUUGGUUGAUGAGGAAAUGAACUUUGUGGAAGGGGAAUAUGUGGUCUUGUAUAAGCCAUCUGAGCAUUUGAUAGAAUGUAGUUGCAAAAAAUUUGAGACAUUUGGCAUCCUUUGUUGUCAUGCUUUGAAAGUCAUUGAUGUACUAGAUUUGAAGUGUAUUCCUGAUAAGUAUAUUUUAAGGAGAUGGACACGGACAGCAAGAAACAUUGUGGUGGAGGACAGUAAAGGUAAACAAGUUGUUGAAGAUGUUCAUUUGAAUUGCACACAUCGUUUUAGGUUUCUUGGUCAUAUAUUUCUUGAGCUAGCAAUCCAAGCAUCUAACUCAGAAACUGGUUUUGAGAUGGCCAAAAGUUGUGCCUAUGUUAUGGGUCAACAACUUGCAGCAUUGGAUCUUGAUAGUCCCAAUACAGAAGCUUCAGUUAACUGUUUUGAUGUCAACACUGAAUUAGUGCUCAAAAAGAAAAAAGUUUGGAAAGGUGAAUUUGUGAAAAGCCUCAUUUAUGGUUCAUUUUUUUAUGUUAAUUUUUCUGUGUAUGGAGGCUUUAACCAUUCUUUGUAUCCAUUGAUGCAGAGUGGAACUUUUGGUGAGGCUGAGACAUAA